AUGGAUCCAAGUUUGCCAAAACUUGCGCAGCAGAGUCAGAGAAGGACUCUUUUCACUCCUGCGGCAGUAAAACGCCCGUUGCCUUCGGAUUCCUCAUCCUCAUCCAAGAAGAAGAAAGCCAAGCUGGACCACGGAGGGCCAUCGGGACCCAAAGCAGGGUGUGGUCCUAGUGAUGGCGCGUGGAAGUCCAGAGCUGUCCUUGGGAGCUCGGGAGCCUCUAAGUUGCCUCUGCUGGGGAAGAUCGUGAAUUACAUGAAGACUCGGCAUCAGCGAGGAGACUCGCACCCUCUGACCUUGGAAGAGAUUUUGGAUGAAACCCGGCAGCUAGACAUCCCACUCGAGCAGAAACAGUGGCUCAAGACUGAGGCACUGGCAAACAACCCCAAAAUUGAAGUUGUGGACGGGAAGUACGCCUUCAAGCCCAAGUACACGUUGGGAAACAAGAAGGCCCUCCUUCGCCUCUUGGAUCAGCAUGACCAGGGAGGGUUGGGGGGAAUUCUCUUGGAAGACAUCGAAGAAGCACUGCCGAAUUCCCAGAAGGCGCUCAAGGCUUUGGGGGACCAGAUCCUAAUGGUCAGUCGUCCCGACAAGAAAAAAAUCGUUUUCUUCAACGAUAAGAGCUGUCAGUUUUCCGUGGAUGAAGACAUCCAGAAUCUGUGGAGGAGUGUCCCUGUGGCCUCAGUGGAUGAGGAGAAAAUCGAAGACUAUCUGAAGCAGCACGGUUUUUCUUCCAUGCUGCGCUGUGCACCAAGAAAAAUGCCCUCUGUCCGGAGACUCAAAAAACCCACUUCACAGAAAGUGCGGCAUGUGAAGAUUCACAAUGUACACUUGGCCGGAGUGCUGAAGGAUUAUUCUCACAUUCCCUUCUGCUAA